AUGUCUGCCUGCAGCGACUUUGCGGAACACGUGUGGAAACCCGGCUCCUGCAAGAACUGCUUCCACCCCCUCAGCGCCCACCGGCCCGGAGCUGGACCCGCCCUGAGGAGACCCAGCCCCAGAGGUGAUGAGGAGGGGGCCCUGCCUGCUCCCUCCCCCUACAGUAAACCCACCAUCGCUGUCAAACCCACCAUGAUGAGUCUGGACACCAACGAGACCGUGGCAGAUAUCAACAUGAACAUGGAGCAGGAAAGUCCCAAGAAUCCAGUCGACCGCUCUGGACUCAAGAAGCUCCUCGGCCUGUCCUCUCUCUACAUCGAUAAGAACGGAUGCAACAAGUCGCUGAAAGACACCGUCCUGCGAAGCCCUGAGAACAAAGACCUCAACAAAUGCUUCUCCUUAAGCGCUCUGUCUCCGAGUAAGACAUCCAAAGAUUCUGUGCUCAUCAGCAACAUUUUUGUCACGCAAGAAGACGGGAAAACCUGCCAGAACUUUAGAAAACAGAUCAACUCUCCAGAAGCCAGAAUCGGCAAGAGCACUUAUGUGGGUAAUGGAGUCAAGACCCAGUUCCAGGAGCAGGGUCGAGCUUCUCCGGAGGUGGAUGUCGGCGUUUCUAGUCCAACCAAAGUACAUCGAGGUUACGAACCCAAGUCUCUGGUCAUCACUGAGGCCACCAGCACUUCCUUCAACACGGUCUUAAACGUGGAGACGAACGGUAGCAGUCCGAUGUCUCUGCAGCAGUUGCCUUCCAGUCCGUCCGGCUCGUCCUGCUCCUAUCAAAGCAGCACCGGUUCUCUUUCGGAAGACUUCGGAAGCAAGCACGAGUUUAGCAGCAGAUCUGGGAGUAGCCAAUCGGCGUCGAACUCUCCGACCGGACCUCCGGAGAAAGAGCCGAUCUACGCGGAAAGCACUAAGAAAAAGCAGAAGGGAGCAGAGAGUUUGAAAUCGCCGAGCAAAAUGAAGAGGUCUCAGUCUUCAGAGGGUCCGCAGCGAGCUACCAUCAGCGUAAUGGCUACACACGCCGAGCAAAACAACCGAACGUUUUAUCUGAGCAGCCCGGAUUCAGCGGUGAGCACGCAAUGUCACUUUAGUCCAUCCGCACGAAAAGACGCCAGCCCUUCAGCCUUCCUCUGGCCCAGUCCGAGUCGCAGUGCCCCGUCUCUGACCUCAGACGGCAUCGCUUGUUCUCCGGUUCUUGCCAAGCCUCAGACAAGUCCACCCAUUCCCCCCAAACGAGCCAACCGGACCCCUAAGCUCGGCGCUUCCAGCCUCAGCUCUUCCGUUUCGUCUCCUGUGCCUUUGCCUGAACUCCCCAAGCUAAGUGCCUCUACUUUCACCCCAUCCGUCUCGUCCCCUCUGCCGCUCCCAGAACUCCCAAUGCUUUUCCUGGUCACGUCCAAAGACUGCCACUUUAAGGUCCACAACAACAGCCAGAGCCAGAGCGCGGCUACGGAUCGGCUCAAACCCCUCCACUCCGCUCCGGGCUGGAACUGUCGCAUCGAGGAGGAGGAGGAAGAGGAGGAGAAACCGGCGAAAGAAGGCGAGAAAAAGCACCCGAGUCUGCGUCGAGGGUCCAAUGUCGAUGCGGGGACCUGGAAGGAGGCCAGGAUGUGGAAGAGCCAAAGUAGUCCUCCUCCGCCUCCUCCUCCUCCUCCGCCAAUCGCCGAGACAGACACUGCGACCGUCAUUGGCCUCAACAAUGGUCUCUGUCAGGGUUCGCUGGAUGGCACGGAGGCACGGGACCAGGACGAGCAGAGUGGAAGCAUGCCAGCCAAGCAGCCGACCCCUCUGGGAGCCACGGUCGCACAAGCGGUGGGAGAGUCCAGCCAGGAGGCCCAUCCCCCGCCGCCUCCACCCAAGAAGCUGCACAGACUCUGCGGGAGAAUGAGCGGCAGCAACAUGGAGCUGGAUCGCUGCAGCAGUUUGGUGUCGGUGGAAGGUUCGUCUCUGAGAGGGUUGGGAAAUGUCAGUCUCACUACUGCCUCCACCGACAGUCUGGCGGACAGCAGUUCUGGAAACGCCGCUCCCAGGCCGUGUUCGUCUCCGUUCCCUCGCAGUCUUCCGUCCGCCGCUCCUCGCUCGCCGCAGCAGAACUCCGGUGACUCUAACCUGCCUCCUCCGCUGCCAGAGAAGAAGAUGGUCAACAGAACCAUGUCGGCUCCGGACAGUGGGAAGCAGUUCAUUCGCUCGUACCCAAACCUCCUCCUGCCUUCAGACAGCUCCAGGAGUCUUGAUCCCAGCUCCAGGAGUCUUGAUCCCAGCUCCAGGAGUCUUGAUCCCAGCUCCAGGAGUCAUGAUCCCAGCUCCAGGAGUCUUGAUCCCAGCUCCAGGAGUCUUGAUCCCAGCUCCAGGAGUAUUGAUCCCAGCUCCAGGAGUCUUGAUCCCAGCUCCAGGAGUCUUGAUCCCAGCUCCAGGAGUCUUGAUCCCAACUCCAGGAGUAUUGAUCCCAGCUCCAGGAGUAUUGAUCCCAGCUCCAGGAGUAUUGAUCCCAGCUCCAGGAGUAUUGAUCCCAGCUCCAGGAGUAUUGAUCCCAGCUCCAGGAGUCUUGAUCCCAGCUCCAGGAGUCUUGAUCCCAGCUCCAGGAGUCUUGAUCCCAGCUCCAGGAGUAUUGAUCCCAGCUCCAGGAGUCUUGAUCCCAGCUCCAGGAGUCUUGAUCCCAGCUCCAGGAGUCUUGAUCCCAGCUCCAGGAGUCUUGAUCCCAGCCCUCCGUCCAGCCCUGUGGACCCACAGUCCAUGUCCUCCUCCAGUGAGUGUCUGGAGCGACACGGCGCUCUGGGGAAGCCCUCUCGCUGCAGGACGUUAGAUGAACCUCUGAAGAGGAGACUCGGGGUCCACAGCCGCAGCAGCCUCACCUGCUCCUCGUCCCCUCAGCUCAGCGGGCCCCUGCACUGCACUGAUCCAGGAUCAGCUCCGACCGUGGGCUCCUCUCUGCAGCUUCAGACUCUGCUCAGCAACAUUGACAGCAGGGAGGGAGUGUACUCCAAACUGGGGGGACUGUACGCUGAGUCCCUGCGGAGACUGGCUCUGAAGUGUGAAGACCACUUCACGCACUCCCAGAAGAACCCUCUGAGGUUUGAGGAGAGCAACUGGUCUUUGUUUCGACUCAUCUCCAACAAACCGAGCUGCAGCGGAGGAGACGCACUUUACUAUUCAGCCGCCUGCGCCUCCGACCCCAGCCACUCCUACGCUGUCAAGAUCUGCAAGAGUCCGUGUGUGGAGGCCAAACAGGGGCAUCUGUACGGCCUGUCGGUGCUGCAGACUCUGCGCCCGCACUACAACCUGCAGCAGGACUGUGGGCACUUCAUGGCCUGUGUCCCUCAGAGCAUGCUGCCCCCUGAGGAGGUCACUAAGCCCACUGCCCCGCCCACUGCCCCCCCCCUGGAGCGGGAGAGGGUGGUGGUCAUCACCCCAGACGUGCCUCAGCAGACGGCUGCAGACUUUGUGCGUCAGUGGGGGAGUUUCCACAAAGAGCAGCCGGAGGUGUAUGAGCGGAGAGUUUGCUUCCUGCUGCUGCAGCUGUGUAACGGCCUGGAGCACCUGAAGGAUCACGGAGUGACGCACAGAGACCUGUGUCUGGAGAACCUCCUGCUGGUUCCUCAUCAGCGCAGACUGCUGCCCUGUGGAGACACUGAGUCCAGUCCUUUGGUCCUGCAGCGCCACCUGCCUCGACUCCUCAUCAGUAACUUUGCUAAAGCGAAGCGGCGCUCGGCGGAGGACGCUGCGUUCCACAGUGUAGACCCCAGAACCAAACGAGACCAUGCCAGACUCGCCCCAGAGAUCGUCUCUGCGGCUCAGUAUCGCAAGUUUGAUGAGUUCCAGACUGGGAUCCUGAUCUAUGAGCUGCUGCACCAACACAACCCGUUUGAAGUGAGUCCGGCUCUGAGAGAGCAGGACUAUCGCUGUGAGGACCUGCCCUCCAUCCCGUCGCUCUCGCUGUAUUCAGACGGACUACAGAAGCUAGCUCAGCUGCUGCUUCAGCCGGACCCCAUCAAACGCAUCCACAUCCAGGAGGCCAAGCGCAUCCUCCAGAGCCUCCUCUGGGGCCCGCGGAAGGAGCUGAUGGAGCAGCAGAGAGAGCGGCACGGCCAGGGCGCCAGUCUCAUGGACGCUUCUAAGCACGAGGGCCUCCUGAACUGGCUGGACGUGAAGCGAGCGCUGCUCAUGAUGAAGUUUGCAGAGCGCUCUCUGGAACCGGAGAGAAACGCAGAGCUGGAGGACUGGCUCUGCUGCCAGUACUUCUCCUCUGCUCACCCUCUGUGUCUGUGCCACACCGCAGAGCUGCUCUACGCCUGA